AUGGAUUACAUUCUGUACAACACCUAUUUGCCUAUCAAUAAUAUGGCAUCUGUAUUUUUGGUGGAAAAGGCGGAAAGGGAAUCUCGUUUGUUGGAAGAAGCAAUAAGGGAAGACCAAAGUUCUUGGGUGAACUCACCAAGAAAAUCUCAUUUGGCUAUAAUUUUUGGACGAACUGUAGACAGCCAAUUGCAACUUUUAAUAGACUAUUUUAUUCGAGAUUUUGUGACAAGGUGGUUGAAGGAAUUGUCUCAUAAACCGGAACCAGUAAUAGACAAAUUUAAGGAGCAUAUCUGGGGGGCUGUACAAACAUUAUAUGAGAGACUGUUGAAGGUAGAUGCUGAAAAGUUAUUAGCUAAUGAUAUGGUGACUAAAGUUACACAACAUUUUGAACGAAUAAGGAUUGCCAGGAGUUGUGCUUUAGAACUGAACCAACCUCCUGUGUUUGCCCUGGCACCUCACUUGGCAACAUACGAGACUGAACUUCAUUACCUACGUCAAAUUAGCGAAUUACUCAUAAUGUUUCUAAUGCCUCGCUGCUACUCCCUCACACCAGCUUCCCACUUAUUGAGAGAAAUUUUGGCUUGCAAAAUUUUGCAGCCUGCAAUUGAUUUAGUCACAGAGCCGGAUUACAUAAAUCAAAAGAUCAUUCAGUAUUUGGAAGCCCAGAAAGAAGUAGAUGCAAUGCAUGUGCGAACACAUGAGUAUGCCAAAACAUUUGAAGAUUAUAUAAGACUCAUCAACAGCUGUAAUAAUAUUGACACACUUAAACGUUUACGAUAUGAUAUUGUCACCCAAAUAAUGCAAGCAACAACUCUACAAAAUAUGAAAAGAGCAAAGGGCAUUGAUGUCGAUAUGCUUGAAAAAAGUGGAACCCAGCAUAAUAUCAGUCGACAGCAGUUGGCGGAUGCUAAAAAACUCAAGAGAUACAUUGGUCAAUUGACGAUUGCUAAAGCUGAAUGUGAAAAUGCAUUGAAAAAGCUUGGCUGGGAUGGUGCCUUUCCUGCGGUGGAAUCGGAUAGUAAAACAUUACCAUUAUACAAGAUUAUGGAAAGUGUGACAGGACGGAGGUAUCUCUCAAUGUUUUUGGAAACCAUGUGUUCACAAGGGCUCGUUGGAUUUUGGAUGGCAGUAGAGGAGUUGCGGCACAGUCCAAGAAGCAGUUGGCAUCAGUUGGGGGCUGAGAUAUUUUACACUUACAUAAGGUCACCUAGUGCAGAAAUUAAAGUAGAUAAGGAAACUAGAAAAAGAAUGGAGGCUUUCCUGUUAGGCGAUAAGGGUCCAGAAGUAUUUUAUGAGGUUCAAAGUACGGUAGUGGAUACAAUCCAAGAAAAGUAUUAUUCAUCAUUUUUGUUAAGCGACCAGUAUAAAGCUUUAAUUGUAGAACUAGCUAAAGAAGAAGCUAAUAAAGAAUUCAGCGCAGAGAGAUCGCCGGUGGAAGACCGCCAGUUACCCAACGAAUCGGCGUCAUCAGCAGAAAACGCCGGAGGUACUAUACACCUCAAUGAACAUUCCACGUACGCGAGAAGAAAACUUGAUCAAUUACAGGAGAGGCAUAAUAAUAAAACACAGGCUUUAGCGGCUUUGCGUGCAUCUUUAAAGCCAGAGUCACCGGCGUUAGCGAUGUUAGCGAAUGAAGUGGAGAGAUUAGCCGGGGAGCAAAUGCGGCUGGAAGCUCACCUGGCCAGGACCGACACGUGGGCUGAACACCUUGGCAGAUGGCGGGCAUCUGUGCACAGUGCUGAGAUAAUAGAUGAAUCGAAGCCGCCUCAGUUUGUGAUAGUGGUGCAUAUGGCGGAGCAGGAGCCCACUGGCGAAGAGGAAAGGCCCGAACAGAUAUCUACAGGCUGGGUGCUACUUAGAACUCUCAAUGAGUUUCAGGAUUUACAUAGAAAACUAAGACCGAUGUGUUCAGAGCUCAAAAAUUUAGAACUACCUUCUAAUACAUUCAAGUUUCUUUUCGGGAAAAACGAUAGAAACUCUUUGGAAAAGGCCAAAACACUGAUUCAGAAGUACCUGGAAUUCGUGCUAGAAGAUGACCGUUUAAACCAAAGUGAAGCUUUAUAUACAUUCCUAAAUCCAAGCUCCGAGUAUUUAAGACAGGGCGAUCUACCAAAGAAGAAUAAAUUUUCCUUUUCUACAUUAUUUAAAAGCACAAGUAGUGAUGCAACAAACAGAUCGUCGCAAGAAAAGGAAACGUUCGCGCAUUUGUCAGCAGACGAGGAGGAAAUGUCGUUAUACUUGGACGGCAACGGUGCAGAGCCGUCCAACAAAAAUGUAACGAAUUCAAUGCGAGGAGCGGGACCAAUGGUCGAAGAAAGAGACAGCAUAGCAGAACCUCUGUAUGCUUUGUUGAGUGAAGUCUUCGACAUGCGCGGCGUGUUUCGAUGGCUUAGGAAAACGUUGGUGACAUUUGUCCAAAUCACUUAUGGCAGGACCAUAAAUAGACAAAUUAAGGAGACAAUAUCUUGGCUAUUUUCAGAGCACAUGUUACAUUACUAUAUAAGUUUAGUGCUCAAAUCUUGGUGGCCUGGCGGUGUUCUCAGUGACACCUCUCCAAAUAGAAACAUUCGCGAUAAAGGCAAGUUAUUCUCCAAAAAAAUAUUAUUAAGAUUUAUAAAUUAA